AUGUACGAGGAAGAAAUGCAGGACUUCGAAGAUGAAGUCCUGCAAUCAUUCGCCGAACAUGAUGGAAAUGGCAAGCAUGACGGAAAUAGCAGUGAUGAGGAAGAUGGUAGGGAGGAGAACGAAUGGGAGCCACCAGUGCAGGAGGAUGAGGGAUGGGCAGGGGUAGAAGUAGAUGAUCCUAUGGACCACGACGACGGCAGUAUCGACCGCGAAACGCGCCACCAGAUUGAACGGCAAAUCACAGAUCACAAUAGAGUCAUCGAGUCUUAUCCUGAUCGUCAAGCAGGACAGCAUAUCGCCCAAGCCAAAAUUCGAAAUGUGAAUGCUACAUAUGCUUCCAGUAUCGACAACUUGAACACGGAAAAUCCUUAUGCUCCGUUCGCCUCUCAAAUGGACUGGGAGGUUGCGCAAUGGGCGAAGUUACGUGGCCCAAGCUCAACAGCAUUUUCGGACUUGCUUAGUAUUGAUGGUGUUAGUGAACGCCUUGGUCUGUCUUACAAAAACGCAAGGGAGCUUAAUAGUAUCAUCGACACGCAACUUCCUGGUCGUCCGAGGUUCCGUCGUGAACAGGUCGUUGUUGCGGGCGAAGCGUUUGAUAUUUUCUACCGCGACAUACUCAAAUGUAUCAAGGAUCUCUACGGCAACCCAGACUUUGCCGACUUUCUUGUGUUUGCACCAGAACGCCAUUACACAGACGCAGAUAAAACAGUUCGGUAUUUCGGCGACAUGCACACAGGUAAAUGGUGUUGGAGUACUCAGAAAAAGCUCGACAAACAGCGGCCAGGGGCAACUAUCGUUCCCAUCAUCAUUUCAACUGAUAAAACACAAGUCACUGUGUUCCGUAACAAAACCGCAUACCCUGUCUACCUUACUAUCGGUAAUAUACCGAAAGAGAUUCGUCGAAAACCGUCCCGACGCGCACAAAUCCUUCUCGGGUAUCUUCCCACCACACACCUUGAGCAUAUAACCAACAAGGCUUCACGUCGCAGAAGUUCUGCAAACCUUUAUCAUGCUUGCAUGUCUCAUAUCUUGUCACCACUGGAAAAAGCUGGUCUCGAUGGUCUAGUGAUGCAAAGUGGGGAUGGUGUCUCGCGCCAUUGUCAUCCUCUCUUCGCUUGCUUUGUUGGUGAUUACCCCGAACAACUAUUGGCUACUGGUAUCAAGACUACAGAAUGCCCAAAGUGUGAUAUCCCACCUGACGAGCUUGAGAGUAGCACAACUCCCUUCGAAAUACGCGAUUUUGAUGCUGUUCUUGAAGCACUCGCCACAAUCGACAUUGGAGCCCUUGAAUUUGUUCAGGCAUGUCGCGAGGCGGGAAUCAAGCCCAUUGUCCACCCGUUUUGGGAAAAACUACCCUACGUCAACAUUUUCCAAGCUGCAUGUGGAUCAGCCGAGAUUGAUGCACGGUGUCGAAGGCUACCGCCGAACCACCAGAUCCGUUUAUUUAUGAAAGGAAUUACUAGCCUCUCUCGUCUCAGUGGCACGGAACAUGCCCAGAUAUGCCGUUUUCUCCUUGGCAUAAUUAUCGACAUACAACUUCCUGGCAAUCUAGAUCCAGCUCGUCUUUUGCGAGCUGUUCGUGGCCUCCUUGAUUUCUUGUACCUGGCACAGUAUCCGUGUCACAGUUCCAAUACAUUGUCUCUGCUCGACGAAGCUCUUGCCCUCUUUCAUGACAACAAGCAAAUUUUUGUGGACCUCGGUAUUCGCAAUAAUUUCAAUCUUCCGAAACUUCACGCGACUCGGCACUACGCAUCUAUGAUUCGUUUGUAUGGCACCACAGAUAACUACAACACAGAGUACACGGAACGUCUUCAUAUAGACUUUACAAAAGAUGCCUAUCGUGCCACUAACCACAAGGACGAGUUUGCGCAGAUGACUCGGUGGCUCGAGCGCAAAGAAAAGAUUGUGCGCCAUGAUAAAUUUAUUUGGUGGCAACUCAACAUCAAUCCCUUUACCCACCAUCCUCAUCCACCCGACUUGUCUUUUCGCUGCACUCAAACCUUAACGAAGCACCCAAGCGCAAAAGCAGUCCCAAUCCAAAGAUUGAUUUCGGACUAUGGAGCCAUCUACUUUCGCGAAGCUCUUGCUCGGUAUAUUGCCCAGCAAAACCAUCUCAACGAAACCCUUUCCCGUCGACGUCUUGAAGACCUGGCUGCAAAUGUCGUUCUGCCAUUUCGUUCAGUCGCUGUCCACCACAAGAUCAAGUGGGUCUCCGUCGAUGCUCAAGGACAUCGUGAUCCAUGUGUCACCGUUGAUAGUGUCCACGCUAAACCUGGUCGCGCUGGAAGCUCUCAACGAGAUGAUGCAGUGCCUGCGCGUUUCGAUACUGCGCUUGUCAACGACGGUACUGGUGAUUCUGUGGGUGUCAAAGGCUACCGCGUUGGUCAGAUUCGCACCAUAUUCUCUAUCCAACAACGAGAUGCGCUGUCAUUGUUCCCUCCAAUGUCCCAACCUCCAAAACACCUUGCUUACAUUGAAUGGUUCACCCCGUUUUCUUCAAUGCCAGACUCACAUCAUGGUAUGUACAAAAUUUCUCGUUUCAUUCGUUCGGGCGAGAGAGUUGCUAGUGUAAUCCCUGUUUCGAACAUUGCUCGCAGUGUGCAUCUUAUACCGAAGUUUGGACCAGUCGCACCUCGUCACUGGACAAGCAACACUGUCCUCGAAGAAUGUGAUACUUUUUCGCAUAGUUUUGUGGCCCUUAGAUAG